UGGGAUCAAACCAGAGUGUAUUGCAGAAGGCGGGAUGAAAUCAUCUCAGAUUACUACAGUGCUCGAGGUUCAAACGAGGCGUCAGUCGACGUUGGUCCAGCAAGCGGAAAGGACAACUUCUCUGAAAACACUUAUCCCGAUCAAGAGGUCAGGAUGAGGGCGAGGACGCAGUUACUGCUGGUGACAUUCUGCGUUGGUAUACUUUUGGUUACGGAUGUUUCCGGAGAGAGGAAAAAGAAGCGUCAUCGUCACGGAGAAAAUGCGCCGACGAAGACUGCGGUAGAAAACGAUGAGGAUCUUUCGAGCGCGGACGAAGAAUCGAAUCUGUCUGUUGAAGAGGAAUAUAAAGCUAAUUUGCAAAAAAUCAAGGAAGAAUUCCAAUACGACCCUUGCAUGGACAAACAUUGUGGUGCCGGGCGCGUUUGUCAGCCCGACAAAGAAGGUGUUGCUCAGUGCGUCUGCAUCGAAACUUGUGAAACGGAGCCGGAUCCUCGUCGCAGGGUGUGCAUAAAUUUGAACGAGACAUGGCCAAGUGACUGCGAAGUCCACCAGGCUCGGUGUUUCUGCAAUUCAGGUGACUCCAGGUGCAAGGGACCCGAAUAUAAGCACGUACACGUCGAGUACUACGGAACAUGUCGAGACAUGCCGGAGUGUUCCGAGGAGGAUAUGUCCGAUUUCCCGAGACGUAUGCGAGACUGGCUGUUCAACAUCAUGCGCGACCUUGCUGACCGUAAAGAACUUCCGGCACACUAUUUGAAGAUGCAGAGAGCGGCGGAAACUAACUUGACCCUGCGUUGGACCAACGCAGCUAUAUGGAAAUGGUGCGAUCUCGACGGUAGUCCCCAUGACAGAACCGUUUCGAGGCACGAACUUUUCCCUAUCAGAGCUCCCCUCAUGGCUCUGGAACACUGCAUCGCUCCCUUCCUCGACUCUUGCGAUAGGGAUAAUAACCAUAAAAUCACUCUGAACGAAUGGGGAAAGUGUCUCGAACUGGACGAGGCUGAUAUGGACGACAAGUGCGACCAGCUUGCUGAAAUAGCUGCAGCGGGCCUGGAGGAUGAGUAAAUAAUUAAGAUCUAACAUCUAAGACGACUCGGUGUAAGCUCGUAUAAUUGUGCGGAGCAAAUAAGAAAAGGGAUUCUUCAGAUGGUGACUGCGAGGCCGCGGCUGUAUGCAAGGGAUAAAGUUCGAGCGCGGGAAAGACGGCAUGACCUUCUAUGGUUUGUGCCCUUAUUAUAAUCGUCACGUAUUGCGUCGCAUAUCGCGCGUCUUCCCGUUUAUCCUCAUCUCAUCGGCCGUUCGUCUUUCAGUCUGUUUAUACACCGAAUUCGUCGAUAUUUCCCUGCUCCAAAUUUACAUCGAAGCCUAUACCCAUUAAAUCUAUAUUCACACAAAUCCACUGUAUACAUAUGUUAUAUACAAGAAAGGAAAACAGAGAAAAAUAUACAUGAAGAUAUUAU